AUGCCCGAGAAAGAUUUUCCUGAAGAAUGUUGGGAAUCAGUCUUCAGAUUCCUUGGCCUUGGUCAGCAUUUGGAGUCUCUAUCUAUGGUUUGCAAGCAGUUCCUUUCCAUCACAAACAGGCUUCAAUUCUCUCUCACAAUAUAUGAUCCAACCAUUCCACUCCUUCCUCGUCUGUUCCUGAGGUUUCCAAUGCUCAAAAUCAUAGACCUUAGUCGCUUGAAUGGCUACCAUGAAGGCUUGCUUCAUCAAAUUUCACAAUCCGGGUUGGAUCUUCAUUUGCUUAAUCUAUCCAACCAGAGAACAAUUCCUAUUGAUGGCUUGCGAGAACUUGGCUCAAACAUGAAACAUUUGAGGGUUUUGAUCUGCUCAAACAUUGGCUCUCUUCGUGAUAGCCAUCUGGUAAUCAUAGCCUAUUGUUUCCCAUUUCUUGAAGAGCUUGACAUAAGCUUCCCAUUGGAUUCUCAAGCAUCUGAUUUCGGGGUACUAAGGCUGUCUUCUAUGCUUGAGAAUCUUCGCAAGAUUAAUAUCUCCGGUAAUUACUUGAUCACUGAUAAAUCCUUGUUCUCUCUUUGCCAAAACUGUUUGUCAUUGGAAGAGAUUUCAUUCUUCACUUGUUUCAAGAUCACUCAAAUAGGCAUUGCCUCUGCGAUCCGCCUCAGACCCGGUUUGAGUUCCAUUUCCUUCAAUAUUGAAAAGAAAAGAAUACAUGGAGCUGGUUUAACACUCACCCCCAUUGACUUGAAUUUGAUUGAUUCGUUCAAGAGUUUGAAAAGGUUAACUGCUAUUGAUUUGUCAAAUUCUGUUAUCUCGGAUGAGUUUCUCUUAGCGGUUGCAGAAGGUGGAGGUCUUCUGCUAAAGAAGCUUAUCCUCCAAGAUUGUUGCAAUUGUACAUUUUCAGGAAUCUCUUAUGUGUUAUCCAAAUGCCAAUCUGUUCAAUGCUUGGAUCUUCGGAAAGUUGAUUUUUUAACCGAUCAAUGUAUCAGCAAGUUAUCUGUGUUUCUUCUUAGCCUAACUUCUAUAAACCUCAGUGGUUGUUGCCAGCUGACCAAUUCAACAUUUUUCAUUCUCGCAAGAAACUGUCCUUUUCUCAGUGAGAUCAAAAUGGAGAGGACAUAUCUUGGGGUGGGGGGUGAAGAAGAUUCAAGGAAUAAUUUUGUUGUCAACCUUGAAGUGAAAAAAGUGUAUUUGGGUGAUAAUGUUUUGCUGAGUGAUGCAAGUUUGAUAAAAUUUGUUUGCAUUUGCCCUAGUUUGCAGCUUCUUGACUUAACCGGUUGUGAUGGUGUUUCUGGUGAAGGUAUUGUUGAGGUUUUGAAGAGAUGCAGUGAGAUAAGGCAUUUGAGCCUGGUCAAUACAGGAAUGAAAGUGUUUGAGAUAGACUUUGAAGUUUCCAACCUAGAGGUAUUGAACUUGUCAGGGUCAAGAAUUGAGGAUGAAGCACUCUCAGUAAUCUCAAGGAGGUGUAGUGGACUACUACUUCUGGAUAUCCAGAGUUGCUGGCAUGUUACACCAAAGGGUGUAAGGGAAGUAGUAGAAAACUGCAGGACAUUGAAAGAGUUGAAUCUAAAGAAUUGUAAGAUGGUGAGUGAUGAUUUUGUUGCUUGGUUGGAGUUUACAAAACCAUCAUUGAGAACUAUAGUCACACCUUCUGAAGUAGAUGAUUAUUGCUGA